GCCGAGCGGAUCCGGAGCGAGUCCAGACACAUGCCGAGCGCAGAGCCCGGAGCAACUCUCUCUCUCCCUCUCUCUCUCUCUCUCUCUCUCUCUCAGUCCGGUUUCAUACGGAACAGUCUGAUCUGAGCUCUACACAGACAUCUCACCAUAUUUCAUUAUCAGACAUUGUUUCACACACGAGUGGAGUGGAGUAAAGCUGUCCAGAGCUGGCGCGCGCGUUCCGUUCCCUGAUCUCUGUCACCGGAGUCGGUGUGAUGUGGAGGCGGUGAUCCGAUUCUGCGAUCAGACUGGAUCUGAUCUCAUGACUCUGGCGUGGAAUUCUGUUUUCACUUAGAAACCUGCUGCUUGGACAAAUGCAUACAAAUGCAUUUAGGAGCCCAACGGACAAGGAGUGGACGCGUUUCUCCCACAGACACAACGAGAUUCUUCGUCCUCCUCCUGUCGACAUGUGCUGCUCUGCUGUCUGCAGAAGAAUGCUCAAGUGCUCAAGGUGUCGAUGUGAUUCGUCAUCUGGGCCUCUCCGGUCACAGAGACACACAGACGUCCGGGACAGAUUACCUCACCUCUCUCGCUUCAUCUCCAACCGUCCUGCCCCCAGGUGUUGGGGUAACCCUCGGACGCGAGUCCCUCAUUGAUUUCCCGUCGCCGGGACUCUUCCCCGCGGGCGUGGAUGAGGAGUUUUCCCUCGUAGUCACUUUACGCUCCUGGCGAGCGAGUAACGCUUUUCUUUUUAGUGUGCGUGAUAACAAGGACAGACUGGAGUUCGGCCUCCAGCUCCUGGGCGGCCGGGUGGUUGUUCACAUGGGCGAGAAAGCCUCGGUCUACUUCAAACACGAGCUGCAGGACGGACAGUGGCACUCUUUCUCCGUCGGGGUUCGGCGUCGCUCCGUAUCAUUCUUCGCUCGCUGCGGAGCCGUGCGGCGCAGCGAGGAGACGUUGACCCGGACGCAGACGCUGGGUUCUGAAGGCCGUGUUUCUGUGGGGAAGAUGGACCCCCGGGCGGUUCAGUUUGAAGGAGCCUUGUGCCAACUGGACAUCUACCCCUGUGCCCAAGCUGCGGCGCAGUACUGUGACUACGUUAAAAAACAGUGCAGACUAUCCGACACGUUCCGAUCCGAGACCUCACCGGCAUCCCCGCACGCUUCUUCAGGAUCACGCCUGUCCACCUUUACACCCUCGCCUCGCUUGAACCGCUUUUCACAGACGUUGCGCUCCCUCACAACGAGGCACCCGGGUCCAUCUCCGAGUCCCCUCAGCGGAUUCCCGAGCUUCACCGCUGAGAUCCCCAUCACUGAGAAGACCCCAGAACAUCAACAAGCUCUCAUGAAGCCCAGAGGAACCGAAGUCACUCCUUAUCCGGUCACCGUCGUCCGGAAGAGACGUUUGAGAAACAAUGUCAAGGAGAAUGCGGUGAAAGUGAACGGCACCGUCCUGUAUCGUGAGGAGAGCAGUUAUAAUGUGCUGGACACGUCCGAGGAGGGCAUGCACGAGACGGGAUACUCCGACGGUUACGGAUAUGACUACGGCUUUGACGAAGACGAAUACUUCUUUGAGUAUGAUGGAUUCAUCGGUCCUAAAGGAGAUCCAGGUCCUCCGGGUCUUCCUGGUCCCCCAGUGAUUGAGCAAAAGAUCGUGGGUUCGAUUCCAUGA